GAGAGAGAGAUAGAGAUAGAGAUAGAGAUAGAGAGAGAGAGAGAGAGAGAGAGAGAGACAGCGUGUGUGAGAGAGAAUCGUGUGCGUCCGUACGCGCAAAAGCUGGUGCUCCCCCACUCGCUAACUUGUUGAGCCUCUCUCACGGGCCAAGCGUGCCGUGGCCCGGGUUUGUCGUCUCGUUUCGAGCGGUGCGCGCGAAAACGUACGUCUCGUUAAUACGUCCAGUAGAGAAAGAGGAAGAAAAUAGAAGAAGGUCAAUUGGUAUAGAAAAAGGGAAGCGAUUUUGGUGAUUGAUCAUUCAAAAUGAAAGCGAUCGGUUCGUCGUUGAUAUUAGCACAGCUGGUGCUAACAUUGAUUACGAAGAGUCUUGGAUAUGGUCGUCCCGAUGUCCUUGGCCAACGUAACGACGUACACGAGGAUCCACUCGUUGUUGAAACUACGAGUGGACUCGUUCGUGGAUUUAGCCGUAACGUCGUAGUACGUGACGUUCAUAUAUUUUAUGGAAUACCAUUCGCAAAGCCACCGAUUGGUCCUUUACGUUUUCGCAAGCCAUUACCUAUCGAACCUUGGCACGGUGUAUUAAAUGCGACGGUAUUACCGAAUAGCUGUUAUCAAGAACGAUACGAGUAUUUCCCUGGCUUCGAGGGCGAAGAAAUGUGGAAUCCUAACACCAAUAUAUCUGAGGAUUGUCUCUAUCUUAACAUCUGGGUACCCCAGAGAGUUAAGUUGAGGCAUAAGGGCUCCGAACCACCUGACAGCAACGAGAGAAACGGCUUACCGAUACUCGUUUGGAUUUAUGGGGGUGGAUUCAUGACUGGUACCGCCACGCUCGACGUUUACGAUGCCGAUAUAAUGGCUGCAAUGAGUAGCGUUAUCAUUGCCUCGAUGCAGUAUCGCGUAGGUGCAUUUGGAUUCUUAUAUUUGAACAAACACUUUGGAAGUAAUAGCGAGGAGGCACCAGGAAAUAUGGGCUUGUGGGAUCAAGCAUUGGCAUUAAGAUGGUUGCGGGACAACGCUGCUGCCUUUGGCGGUGAUCCAGAUUUGAUAACGAUUUUUGGUGAAUCAGCUGGUGGAAGCUCGGCAAGCCUACAUCUUAUUUCCCCGGUAACCCGUGGCCUUGUACGCCGUGGUAUACUUCAAAGUGGGACCCUAAACGCACCCUGGAGUUACAUGACCGGUGAAAAGGCUCACGAGGUUGCACGUGUUCUCGUUGACGAUUGUGGCUGUAAUUCUACCAUGCUCCAGGAAAAUCCAGCUCGUGUAAUGGCCUGCAUGAGAUCCGUCGAUGCUAAAACUAUAUCCGUUCAACAAUGGAACAGUUAUUGGGGUAUCCUGGGAUUCCCAUCCGCUCCAACUAUCGAUGGUAUCUUCUUGCCUAAACAUCCUCUUGAUCUCUUACGCGAAUCUGACUUCAAGGACACCGAGAUUAUCAUUGGAAAUAACGAGAACGAAGGAACUUAUUUCAUUCUGUACGAUUUCAUCGAUUUCUUCGAGAAGGACCAAGCGAGCUUUUUGGACCGUGACAAAUUCGUUGGCAUUAUCGAUACCAUUUUCAAGAACAUGUCGCAGAUCGAGCGUGACGCCAUCAAAUUUCAAUACACCGAUUGGGAACAAUUAAAGGACGGUUAUCUCUAUCAAAAGAUGAUAGCCGACGUAGUCGGUGAUUAUUUCUUCAUAUGCCCAUCGAUACAUUUCGCUCAACUAUUCGCCGAUCGGGGAAUGAAGGUCUACUAUUACUUUUUCACUCAGAGAACCAGUACCAAUCUCUGGGGCGAAUGGAUGGGCGUAAUGCACGGUGACGAGAUCGAAUACGUAUUUGGAAAUCCUCUGAAUAUGUCCUUGAAUUAUAGCGAUAAGGAGAGGGAUCUUUCCAUACGAAUGAUCAAGAUUUUCUCUCAAUUCUCUUACGACGGGAAACCAACGAACGAGGAGUCAGAAUGGCCGCCAUAUUCAAGGGAUCGACCAGAAUAUUUCAUUUUUAACGCUGAGAAAAAUGGCCUAGGGAAGGGACUGCGCACUACGUCCUGCGCCUUUUGGAACGAGUUUCUACCGCGGCUCAAAGGAGUACCCGAUCCAGCACCGGAAGCUUGCAAGAGCGUGAUAGCUUCGAGCGUAUCAGCUAGCGGGGCCAAUCGACAUAUUUAUCGAAUGCGGAAUGCCGAAGAUAUUAUUAUAUUAUUGGCGGCUAUCGUUACGUCCAUUUGGAUGACGUCUCUACGUCUCGUAAACGGCUAACCGACUUCAAGUUUUCUGAUCAAACUCGAAAUUGGCAACGAGUUCUACGUCAAUAUCGCAGUUUAAUUCGCUAUAAUCUACGAGGAGACGUGGAUCCGAGAUAUUAUUCGCUAGGGAGAACCCAAAAGGAAGUAUUCGUCAAACGAAAAAUCAUCAUUGAUAAAGUGUGCUGUCAAACAUUCAAAUAUAGAGAAAGAAAAUACAAGAGAGAAAGAAAGAAAGAAAGAAAGAAAGAAAGAAAGAAAGAAAGAAGGAAAGAAAGAAAGAAAGAAAAAAAGAGAUAGAUAGAU